CUGGGGCACACAAAAAUUUGCCUGCUCCGCUGAACGUCCAUCUGACUACAUCAAUCACGAACCCAAGCCAACGGUACGCAAACCACGAGCCUCUGCCUAAUACUGAAUCCGACAAAAUGCCUCCCAAGAUCGACCCCAACGAGAUUAAGAUCAUCCACCUCCGUGCCACUGGUGGCGAGGUUGGUGCAUCUUCUGCUCUGGCUCCUAAGAUUGGUCCCCUCGGUCUCUCUCCCAAGAAGGUCGGAGAAGACAUUGCUAAGGCCACUGGUGACUGGAAAGGCUUGCGCGUGACUGUCAAGCUCACUAUCCAAAACCGUCAGGCCGCCGUCUCGGUCGUUCCGACCGCCUCUUCUCUCAUCAUCAAGGCCCUCAAGGAGCCCCCAAGAGACCGCAAGAAGGAGAAGAACAUCAAGCACAACAAGUCUGUCAGCCUUGAUGAAAUCAUCGAGAUUGCCCGUCAGAUGCGCUUCAAGUCUUUCUCCAAGGAGCUGAAGGGUACCGUCAAGGAAAUUCUCGGCACUGCCUACAGCGUUGGCUGCCGUGUCGAUGGCAAGCCUCCCAAGGUUAUCCUCGAGAAGAUUGAUAACGGCGAGAUUGACAUUCCCUCGGAGUAAAAAAUGACAUGGUGAAAUGACUCGAGGAUCACAUUCUCAGUGCAUGCAUAUGAAGCUAUGUGCUAGAAUGUCUUUAAAUUAAUUUAGUCAUGAAUUAACGUGUUUCCUCUAUUCUUUUUUGUCCCUCGUCAUUUUCUGUUUCAAUUGCACGAAUACUGUCGAACCUCAGGAGGGCCGAGUAGUCGAAUUAACUGGAUACUUCGUGCUACAUGUAACCCAGCGACUGGGCACAUACCAAUAAUUGGGGAAAUAAGUGAUGGGCAAGUCAAGCUUUUCUAUAUGUAGGUUUCAAAUCUAUUUCAACUUAUCAGCUCCGCAGCAUAUAUUUUAA